AUGUCCCAGGCCGAGGUGACUCGUACUGAAUCCAUCGAGGACCAGGAGCGCGCAAGGGAGGAGGAGACUGACAAGAAACCCAAGUCUCGUCGGCCAGCCAAUACCGCAUUUCGCCAGCAACGACUGAAAGCAUGGCAACCAAUCCUGACCCCUAAAAGCGUCCUACCUCUCUUCUUCAUAGUCGGCGUUAUAUUUGCCCCGAUCGGUGGUGUUCUCAUUUGGGCGAGCUCUCUGGUCCAAGAAAUUUCCAUCGAUUACUCCGAAUGUCACACCAAGGCGCCAUAUGAACGCCAAGAUUAUGUCCCAAACUACUCGGCAACGUUCAAAAACGAACUUUCGACACCGCCUACCUGGGAACGACACAACGAUAGCUCCGGAGCCACUGUCUGCACGCUCUACUUCAGCCUUCCAAAUGACCUUCCAGCACCCGUUUUCAUGUACUACCGUCUUACCAAUUUCUAUCAGAACCAUCGCCGAUAUGUCCAAUCGCUCGAUUUGAAUCAGUUAAAGGGUGACGCUGUCCCGUACAACACAAUCAAGGGGGGCGCCUGUGACCCUUUGGCGAUCGAUGGGGAGGCGAAGAAGGCAUACUAUCCAUGUGGAUUGAUUGCGAACUCGAUGUUCAAUGAUACCAUUGGCAACCCCCAGUCUCUAUCGGGAUCGGGGAGUGAUAGCAUCAAGACCUACUACAAUAUGACUAAGAAGGGGAUCGCGUGGGCUAGUGACAAGGAGCUCAUCAAACAGACGAAGUAUAAACCAGGAGAUGUUUUGCCACCGCAGAAUUGGGCCAAGUACAACGGUACCUACACAGAGAUGCCCAAUCUUCAUGAAGAUGAGGAUUUCAUGGUGUGGAUGAGAACUGCAGGUUUGCCGUCGUUCAGCAAGCUCUCUCGCCGAAACGAUACUCAUGCCAUGCCAAAAGGCUCUUAUUCUUUGGACAUUGUCCACAAGUUUCCCGUCACCGAGUACGCUGGAACAAAGUCGAUUUUGAUCUCUACUCGGACGGUCCUUGGUGGCAAAAAUCCCUUCAUGGGGAUCGCAUAUGUAGUGGUUGGUGGGAUCUGUGUUCUCCUUGGGGCAUUAUUCACCGUUGCGCACCUGGUGCGCCCGAGGAAACUGGGUGAUCAUACAUACCUUACAUGGGAUUCAAAUCAGCCCAGCACUGCUGUCACUACGGGACGAGAUGAUCGCCCUUGA